AUGGACAGAACUCGUUCCGCUGAGUCCUUGCGCCGGAGUGCUGACAUUCCACCGCUUGCUUACCUUGUUUCAGGAGGAACCCAAAUCGCUGAUCGCAGGGAACUCUGGCGCCAGAAGCAGGUGUUCUUCCUUACUCCUCAGAUAAUGGCGAAUGAUCUUUCCCGUGGAAUUUGCCCGGCAGCGGAGGUCAAGUGUCUGGUUAUCGAUGAGGCCCACAGAGCUCUGGGGAACCAUGCGUAUUGCCAGGUUGUGAAGGAAUUGUGGAAGCACACGCAGCACUUCCGAAUUCUAGCUCUAACCGCCACGCCUGGCAGUGACGCGAAGGCCGUGCAGCAAGUCAUUUCCAACCUUUUGAUUUCACAUAUAGAACUGUACACGGAGGAUUCCCCCGAAAUCCAGCCUUAUUCUUACCAGCGGCAGAUUGAAAAGUGUGUUGUUCCACUUGGGAAGGAUCUGGCUGAAAUCCAGAAUGCGUACAUACAGGUCCUGGAAGCCUUUACCAGCCGACUGACCAGGCUGCGGAUCUUGUCUCACCGUGACAUUCCCACGCUGACAAAGUACCAGAUAAUCCUGGCACGGGAUCAGUUCCGGAAGAACCCUGCACCUCACUUGGCGGGGAUGCCGCACGGUGCGAUCGAAGGCGAUUUCGCGCUGUGCAUCAGUCUGUAUCACGGCUACGAGCUCCUGCUGCAGGUGGGGAUACGGUCGCUGCACGCGUUCUUGCGUGGAAUUAUGGACGGAGAAAAAGGCAUGACCCGUGCGAGAAACGAACUUGUGCGUAACGAGGACUUCAUGAAGUUGUACAACAGGCUUCAAAACCUGCUUUCAAGCAGCGAGGAGACUUCGGCAAACUGCAGCAACGGAAGAGCAGGAGCUGAACCCGGGAAGCCAUUCUUCUAUAGCCACCCAAAGUUAAAGAAGUUAGAAGAAGUCGUCGUAGGACAUUUCAGAUCCUGGAAGGAACGUGAAGGAGGGAGCUCGGGUGACGGCAGGCCUGCAGAGACCCGCGUGAUGGUCUUCUCCUCCUUCCGCGACAGCGUGCAGGAGAUUGCCGAGAUGCUCAGCCAGCACCACCCUCUGGUGAAGGUCAUGACCUUUCUGGGCCAGUCGGCGGGCAAGCGGGCAAGAGGGUUCACGCAGAAGGAGCAACUCGAGGUGGUGAAGCAUUUUCGCGACGGCGGAUACAACACGUUAGUCUCUACAUGCGUCGGCGAGGAAGGCUUGGACAUCGGAGAGGUUGACCUCAUCGUUUGCUUCGACGCGCAGAAAAGUCCAGUUCGCCUCGUGCAGCGAAUGGGGCGCACGGGGCGCAAGCGCAAGGGGCGGAUCGUUGUCGUCCUUUCUGAGGGACGCGAGGAAAGAAUGUACAACCAAAGCCAGUCCAACCGGAGGAGCCUCCUCAAAGUGCUUUCGGAGAACAAGGGGCUCCAGCUGUGCAGCCACAGCCCGCGCAUGAUCCCCGAAGGCAUAAACCCCACGAUGCACCGGAUGCUGGUGAUCCCCACAGAGGAGGAGUCGGAAGGCCCCGUUUCGCCCCCCAAGCCCACAUUUCCUCCACGGUUUUCCUCCCCCUUCUCCAAACUUGCAGGUACAAAUGGAGCCCGUCGCGCAGAAGCGUGGUGCCUCACAGACAAAGAGUUUGAAAGGUGGAAUCGGUUAUAUAAAAUGGAAGCUGGGGAUGGAAUGAAAAAGCCAGUGAUGCCGCAGAGCCACUUUGAAACGUUGGAGCACGAGGAGCAGAAGCCCCAGGAGUCGCAGGGGGACGAGGUUCAUGAGCUGUCCUUGACGGAAUGGAGGCUCUGGCAGAAUCGCCCCUUCCCCACCGACCUGGUGGACCACUCGGAUCGCUGCAGGCACUUCGUGGCCGUUAUGGAAAUGAUAGAGCAGAUGAGACAGGAGGAGGGGGCCUGUGGCUACGACCAGAGCCUGCAGCCGCACUUGCGCUGGGAGGAUGUCGGUGUGCCUGAUGUGCAGCGGGGCAAAUGUCGCCACGAUGCCGCCGCGGCCCGGAAGCCCUCCCUCCCCAAGAACGCCCCCGCGGAGACGCCCGGGGCAAGAGGCCCGCCCCGCCCCUCGGAGGAGCUCGGUGUGGGACGCCUCUCACUCUUCGGGGCGGCCGCCUUGCAGCCUGUGGAACAGCCGCGGAAGCCGAGCGCGGGAACGGCAGCUGCUGCUCCGGGGGCCCCCGGUCCUUCCGGUUCCUUUCCAGCAAGUUCGUCGUCCUUCGUUGAAGAUGCCAGGUGGAAAGGGCUUCCUGGUGAAAAAAGGGAAAACCUGGCUGAAUCCACCGGAGCAAACGUCCUCCGAGGAAGCGCUGCGAGUUACGGCAGUCUGGCCGGAGGAGAAGUCCCACCUCCCUCCGAAGAGUGCAGCUCCUGCCGUGGACGUGGGCCGGACUCCACCGCUGGCGGCUUGGCAGAGGACGACGUGCCUCUGUCGCCGUCCUUGUUUUAUCUUCCAGCGCCAGAGGCAGAUCCGUUUGCGCUUCCUGGCGUGCGCGGAGCCGAGGACCCUUCCUGGGCAGAGCGCCUCGGAAGAGAGCUGGCGGUGCUGCUGUCUCAGUCACCCCCGUCUCCAAGCAGGCUCCCUGAUUUUGAGGAGUGGGGAGAGAGUCAAGCCCAGCCGCCAGGAUCGGCUUCCGGAGUGUUUCCGGGCAGCCCCCUGGAGGAGCGGGCGCCUUCCACAGAGCCAGCCACCACACCGCAGUCCUCCUUGGGACCCGUGGAGCCCCGCAGGCCACGCUGCGCAAAUGAGCGCCCGCUGGACUUGGGCUCCGUGUCCGAGGCUUCCAUUUGCAAGAUGAAUGACGUUGACUGGGAUGAAUUCUUUGACACCGACAACGAAGGCGCAAACCUACUGCUGGCCAGUCAUGGUCCAGCAGUGGAUGCUUUGGGCAGAAACGCUGGUGGAGGACAGCAAAACCUGUGUAAAACGUCUGGGGGAAAUGCAGCACCAGACCAAGCCUCUGUCCGUUUAUUAGAAGGAGGCCAUUCUGCAGAGAGCGAUCUUUCCCCAGGCAGGAAGGGGAGGGGGGUCCCAGUGUCCGUAGAGGCAGGCGGCCCAGCCACUGCUCCGUCCAGCACAGCAGGGCGUUGUUCGGAUGGGCUCGCUCAGGCCAGCCACGCGGGCCCCUCGAAUCCACAGGAAAUCCACUGGGGCGAAGCUCUGGAAGUUGCUGGCGAUUGCGCGAGCGAGGCUGACCUCCAGGGCGGCGACGAGCCGUACGACGCUUCUCUGGAUUUGUUCUCCGUCAACUUUGACCUUGGGUUUUCUGUCCAGGGAUCCGAGGGAGAGGCCACAGAAGCAGCGGAGGCUGAGCAAAGCCACGUCGCGCUUUGCCCCGCGAGCCCCGAGGCCCUGCCCGGAAAGAUCAGCAACGUCAUGGGCGCGUCUCCAGCAGCCUGGAGUGAUGAGUGCCUUGAAAGGGCCAUGUCCUCAACACCCUCACGCUCGCAAAACCGGGACUCUGGCUUGGCCACCAUGGCAAACGGCAUCCCCUGGGCCUCUCCGUUCACACCGACAGGAGACGAUCCGUGUCAGCCACCAGCUCUGGCUCUGCCUGUGUUUUCUACCCCAAUCAGCAGGCAGCCCGGGCAGCCACGGUUCCCGCGCGGAGCCUCUGUGGGUUGUUUCCCUAGAAACAGCCUGGAAGGCCCACAGGUGCCUGUUGCAGGAAAAGCAAACGCCGGCAUAGUCAGAGUUCUGGCGGACUCGGCCUUCAAGACAGGAGGACUCGUGUCGCGACGGGCGGGAGCGGCAGAGAGCGGGGCCCCAAACGGCUCCAGCGUGUUUUCUGCGGAAGUAGGGGCCAGUAGUGAAAGUGAAGAAGAAAUAGUUUUUCCUGGGAAACAUAAGAGAAAAGGAAACAUUUUGGCAUCUCCAAAGGCGAGCAGCAGUGACUUGGAAUCGCCGAUUCGUGCCGUCAAAAAACGGAGGCGACUGCUCAGCGAAGCAGAUUCGUCCAGCGAGGAACGCACAGCGUUUGUUGCGAAAUCGAGCCGGAGGAAGCGAGACGGGAAGAGCCGGGCGGCCGUGAAGGGAUGGAAGCGGCGGCGGGGCGGUGUUGUGGCGGAGGUGAGCGCCCUCUGCUCGGCGGCACUGCCUGGUGGGGGUUCUCCGGCAGUCCUGCCUUCAGAAGGGCGACGCAGAGGCCCCCUGGGGCUGCGUGCAGUGGGGAGCAAUGGGGCCCUGUCCCUGUGGUUAAAGGGAUGGAUCGCAGGUGGCAGGAAGGAAGCGCCGCCGUCCUGGGGGCUCUGGAGAAGCGUUGCCCGUGGCGCAGAGGGUGCGCAGGAGCGGCUCUUCCCGUCACCGCUGCCGCUGGAGCCCCUCGAGUGGAAGCAAAGGGCCCACCUUCUGCCGGUGGCACUGUGCCAGCUGCUGCCCGUGGCGCAUGGGGAUGUGCACACGGCUCCCAGCAGACGCCGGAUGCGGCCCCCGGCGCCAAGCAGCUGUGCACCGCUGCUGGUGUCGGGCCGCUUGCUGCGUUACGAAGCCCGGGCGAGGCGACGGAAGAGCGCCGCGGCCAUCAAGGCCUUCUUGGAUCAAGAGGCUGAGCUCUCUGACGAAGCCGCUGCGGAGGUUUCCUCCGACGAGAGCGUGUGCUCGGACGGCGAACUGAGCUCCUCGCUCGCGCGGUUCCUGGACGAUGAGUCGCAGAUCACGCAAGGACUAAAUGAGUCGGACAUGCAGGCCGUCUACCUGAAAUCCGUGCGCAGCCCGGCCGUUGGCAGCAGGUACCAGCUGGUGCACAAAGGCUGCGCCUCGCCGGCCGUCUUCGCACAGGUGCCAGAGCAGGAGGAGAGCUACUUGCAAGACAGCUUCUGCGUUGGGGACAAUGAGGAGGGGGAUCCCGAAUGUGGUUCUAGUGAAGAGGAAGUUUGCGUUAAUUUCAGCCUCUUGCAAGGGGAAAGCUUUGCAGACGGGAAGGCGCAGUACUGCACCCGCCACAGGAGGCGGCUGAAAGAGGCCCGCGGAGGACAGGGGGUGGGCGUGCCGCCGCCGCCAAGGAAGCCUUCCCGGAUCCGCAUUCUCGACAGCUCGAGUGAAGAAGGCGGUGCCCGCGGCGAGGAGCCGGCAGACGCAGCACCCCCCACGGAGGCCGGCGCAGGCGCUCAUCCUGCCCCGUCUCUGGCGCCGGACCGUCCUCCGCACCGCAGCAGUUCUGCUCCAGAGCCCCAAGCCCCUCUGCCCCAGGAGCGCAGGGCCCAAGCGCCGCUGGAGCAAGAGGCUGCCUUGCGCGGGGAGCGCCACCCGCACUCUGUCUGCCGGGAUCAAGGCCCGCCGGAGCAGGAAAGGCCUCCCAGGCCCAUCCCGGCACCCAGCGCGCCACCUGGCCCCCCGAGGAGCCUGGCCCCUCUCCGCGUGCUGGUGGACAGCCGGGAGAUCUGCUCUGGCCCAGGCGUGGUCUCCGCCCUGAAGGCUGCGCACGGAGCCGAGGUUCAGGCCUGCCCUCUGGGGAGCUGCGAUUACGUCGCCAGCAGCCGGCUGGCGGUCGAGAGGAAGCGCCAGGCAGAGCUGUGCAGCGCUGCGGGUCGGAGCCGCGUGGUCCAGAGGGUGCAGCAGCUGAGGCGCCAGUUCGAUCGGAUCUGUGUGAUUGUGGAGGAGGAGCAGGUCCGAGCAGGUGAGGCACGGAAGCCGCUCCGCAGAACCAAGCACUACGACGGAGUCCUGUCGGCGUUGGUCCGGGCAGGCGUCAGGGUUCUCUUCAGCUCCUGCCAAGAGGAGACGGCCGGCUGGCUGGCAGAGCUGGCUCUGCUGGAGCGGCGGAAGGACGCCGCCAUCCUGGGGCCCACCGAGCUCCAGGGGCUCCGGCAAGACGCCCUCCGCUUCUACCUGAGCAUUCCUUGCGUCAGCUACGCGCUGGCGCUGGCCCUGUGCCACCGCUUCGGCUCCGUGAAGGAGGUGCUGAACAGCUCGCCGGCGGAGGUGGCGGCCCGCGCCCAGGUGAGCCGGCAGAAGGCGGACGAGCUCUUCCACUACGUCCGUUACGGCUUCGACGCGCAGCUGCUGCCCGAGGCGCACAGGUGACCGGCUCUGAGCCAGCCGGGCAGACGCACGCUUGAUCCAAUGCACUUUAUGGCUCCGCUCGCUCACACGAUGCAAGAUACGUGAAUAAAGGUCCGGAGUGAGUUUGUGUGGCACUGG